AUGCCGACGAAGAAGCCGAAGACCAAGGAGCACCUCCCAAGGACGCGGAAGACGCUAUGGACCAAGAUGAUGAGCGUAACUAAGAUCCCAAACGUGUCUUUUGUUGCUGCCAACGUGCAGUCAAUCAAUGAAGACCGUAAGCGUGCCUCUCUUUUCUCCAAUCUCCGCUCCCAUAACGCCGACGUCUUUCUCCUGAGCGAAACUGGCCAACCUUCCCCCGAAGGGUGGCCCAGUGGACUCAGGAGUGCCAAGACUUAA